GAGGAAAUUUCUAAGAAAGACUGAGUCAAAAUUAGAAGCUACACGAAUGCACAAUGACGAGAUAAGUUUGGAGGCCGAAGCUAAAAUAGCAGCCAAAGGUGCAGCUCUUGUAGAAAAGAUCUAUAAAGCACAAAAGGAACGCGAUGCCGCAGUAUUAUCACGACUGCGGUUGGCAAAUGAAGAACGUGAUGAAGUUUUAGCUAGGAUGAAACGACUUGAACAGGAACAACAGGGAUUUGAUUCUGGUGUUGACUCUAUCUUUGAUGAUGAUGAGGAUGAUUUGACAAUGAAGGAUCUAUUUAAGAAACUUGUAGAUUCAGAGUCUGGAGCAAGUAUCAGCAAGCAUGGUGAUUUAAUACUAGCAAAGUACAAGAAACAUGGAAAAGGAAGACAAGUUAUGGCAGCUGAAGAAAUUCAGGCUUUGAUUGAUGAACGUGAUGAUGCACUUUACAAAGUUAGAGCGCUUGAGAAGGAGGUACAAUCAAAACAAGAGGAAAUGGAAAUGAUGAAACAACAGUUUCAAUUUGCUGAGAAGACCAGAAUUAAGUCCGGACAAGCACAAUUGAUGGCUGCCCAACAAGAAAAAGAUGAAUCACAACUGAGAAUUAAAGAACUUGAAGAAGAAGUCCAGAACUAUCGUGUUCGUUACAGUUUACAUAGGUCGCUGUCGCAAGAACAGACAUUGAGAGAUCAGUUUAAUGCGACAAUGAAUUCUUUUGAAACGAAACUGAACGAACGUGAGAAAGAUCUUGUAGUAGCACAAAACAACACAAAAGAGUUGGUCGCACGACUCCAAGCAAUCUCCAAAGAAAGAGAUGAGCUCAGUCUCCAACUUUCUCAAGCUUUAAGUAAUCACAAAAAGGAAAAGGAAAGAACAGAAAAGCUGGAAAGACUUGUGUCAGUCCUCCGAAAAAGAAUAACUAAUUCCGGAAACCAAACACUUUAAUUUAACUAUUCUAAAUGUAAAUAUUUUUGUACAGAAUUAUAUGUUUGUAUCAAAUAUUUUAUUUUUCCGCAAGACUUUAAAAUUAAAACAUAAAACCAAUCUAACAUGAAGUAGUGGGAAGAACAUCAAGAAACCAACAUGGCGGACUAUAAACUUUAGACUUUAGGAUAAUUCUUGGCUUUCUUCGUUUAUAUAAAGUACUCAUUACUCUUUUGACUAUUCAUAAUGCCUACAAGGUAAUUAAAAUAAUUUAUGGGAUUUAA